UCCUCGUAUCGACAAACACCUCUCUCUCUCUCUCUCUCUCUCUCUCUCUCUCUCUCUCUCUGCGCUUAUCCUGCGCACCUCCAUCACCACCGUCCGCCGUAGAAUCGUGGUCUCCGGCGAGAAAUAUCACGAGCUCUCCGGAAAUGGGGAAAGGCGGUGCGCUCAGCGAGGGGGUGAUAAAGAAGAUCCUCCUCUCCUACGCCUACGUCGCGAUAUGGAUCUUCCUCAGCUUCACCGUCAUCGUCUACAACAAGUUCAUCCUCGACAAGAAAAUGUACAAUUGGCCCUUCCCGAUCUCUCUCACCAUGAUCCACAUGUCCUUCUGCUCAACCCUAGCUUUCCUCCUCAUCAAGGUCUUCAAAUUCGUCGAGCCCGUCUCAAUGUCUCGUGAGACCUACCUCAGAUCCGUCGUCCCGAUCGGCGCUCUGUACUCACUCUCCCUCUGGCUCUCCAACUCCGCCUACAUUUACCUCUCCGUCUCCUUCAUCCAGAUGCUCAAAGCCCUAAUGCCCGUCGCCGUUUACUCCAUCGGCGUUCUCUUCAAGAAGGAGGGAUUCAAAACGGACACCAUGGUCAACAUGCUCUCGAUCUCGUUCGGUGUCGCCGUCGCGGCUUAUGGGGAGGCUAGAUUUGACGUUUGGGGCGUGAUUCUUCAGCUGGGCGCGGUCGCGUUCGAGGCGACUCGUUUGGUAAUGAUUCAAAUCUUGCUUACUUCAAAAGGAAUCACGUUGAAUCCCAUCACUUCUCUGUAUUACGUUGCUCCUUGCUGCUUGGGUUUCCUGUUUAUCCCGUGGAUCUUCGUCGAAUUCCCGGUCUUAAGGGACACGUCAAGCUUCCAUUUCGAUUUCUUUAUCUUCGGGACCAAUUCCUUCUGUGCAUUUGCCCUGAAUCUGGCUGUGUUCCUGUUGGUGGGAAAGACCUCUGCUUUGACCAUGAACGUUGCUGGUGUGGUCAAGGACUGGCUUCUGAUUGCGUUCUCAUGGUCGGUGAUUAAGGACACUGUCACGCCCGUUAACCUUUUCGGGUACGGGAUCGCCUUCUUGGGCGUUGCGUACUACAAUCACGCGAAAUUGCAGGCCCUGAAGGCCAAAGAGGGGCAGAGGAAGGUCCCGCAACCGGACGAGGAGAGCGGUCAGCUGUUGGAGGAGAGGGAAGGCGAUGAUGGAGCUGGAGCCGGUGCCGGUGCCGGUGCCGGUGCGGGAGCCGCUAGGAAAGACGAGUCACAGAAUUGAGGUAAAGCAUUCAUUGGAUUGGAGAAGAAAUAGUGUAGCAGAGUAUCAGAAUAAGAGCAUGAAGGUACAGUAGAUAGAUGUGUGGCAAAGUGGAAAGCAUUUGGGUUUUUUCCCCGCGUUGUCAUGCUCCUAGGUAUCAUCUGUCUCUUCUCAUGAUAGAGGGUUUACAGCCUUUUGGAUAUUUUCUUGGUGGUGGUGGUACUUAUGGAAUCUGAGAUUCGUUCUGAUGAGGUCAUGAAUAUCUAUGGCUGCCUUCUUGUCGGGUUUUCUGUCCUCUGCUCUUUUAUUAUUUAACAAUGGUGUAACCAGCCUUUGCCAAUGAAGAAGAACUUUAAUUCA